GAGGAGGAGUUUUGUUGAUAUGCUAGCAAGAGUUAAAAAUAUACGGAUAAAUUUUUCUUUAAAGAAGUUUUUUAUAUCAGUUUUAUUCCUAAAAGAUAUUGAUUUCUUAAUUAGGGAUUUUUUUAGAAUUAAUUAACAUAAAAUGUUAAUUCAUGGAAGAAAAAAAAACGUUGUUUCUCACUAAAAGAUACAAUUGGGAUGUAAUCCUACAAGUAUGAAUGGAAAAUCGGGGGAUAAGAUUUAAUUAAAAAAAUGUUUAGGAUUAAAAUUGACACUAUCUAUAUAGUUGGGGGCAUUCUUAGGUUUGCCCAAACACACUUGCAUAUAGAGAGAGAGGGAGCAGCACACAACAACUCGAGCAAAGUAAAAGAAAAAACAAAUCAAGACCGGAAAAUGAACACAGACAUCACAGCAUCAGCAAAACCAGAGUACCCGGUAAUAGAUCGAAACCCAGAAUUCACUAAGGUUGUUGGCAACUUCAACACCCUUGAUUACUGUCGUUUCAUCACCCUUACUGGUGUCUCUGUCACUGUUGGCUACCUCUCAGGGAUAAAGCCAGGGAUUAAGGGACCAUCAAUGGUGACAGGAGGAUUGAUUGGUUUAAUGGGUGGUUUUAUGUAUGCAUAUCAGAACUCAGCUGGGAGACUUAUGGGUUUUUUCCCUAAUGAGGGUGAGGUUGCUCGUUACCAGAAACGUGGUUUUAGCAGUUAAAGAUUUCUACUUUUUAAAGUUCUUCGAUGGAAUGUGGCAUCUUUGUUAUGUUUUGAAUCGUCUCGAAUGAUGACGAUUAAUAAUAAUUGGAACGUUGGAGGACUUAUUGCAUUUUUAUGCUCUACUUUUGGUAUAUUUUAAUGACAGCUUUGAUUGAUUUAGAGUUCAAA